AUGCGGGGCAAAGGCUUCAGGACCUUCGCCUGCCGCAGCGUGCACCACCAGUACUUCAGUGGCCCACACCACGACUUUGCCCGCUACUAGAGCUCCGUGCAUGAGGUGACCCAGGCCUUUGCCACGGGCUCACUUGAGGUGCUGGCACUGGAGGCUGAACUGGCUGGGCCGCGUGCCUAGCCGCUGCUUGUCAGCCAUGUCUGCAGCCCACAACAGCUGAAGCAGACACACCUGGUGCACCCUCCAGUAUAUCGGCCUGCCCCUGGGCAUUCUCUGACCUUGCUCCUUAAAACCUUCCCCAUAAGGGCCAGGGAUUUAGAAACACCAUGGCAGCAGACAGACAGAAGGGCCCAGGGCUCCCACCACCCCUCUGUGCUAACCUCGAAGCGGUGGCUAAUUCACCCCAUCUGGGUUUUAUUUAUAGUUCUCAUCCGCUCUCCCAGGGUAAUUAAAACCAUGGAGGCCAUUGUCGAGGUUCUCCAGGACCUUAGGUUUGAUGCAGAAUCUGCAGAGUGA